AUGUCUCAAGAAAUUACUCCAGAAAAUUUACCAAAAGCACCAAUCACGGGUGAUACUACCCCUUCCAAUGCUCCACCUGCUGCCCAACCAACAAUAAGACAAUCUGCGCGCAAGAAAACCCAAGUUUCGACCCCUGGCUUUGUUCUGACGCAAUCAGACUCCCGGAGAGCCCUUAACCCGCAGUCAUCCUCAUCGCAUGCAGCCAAUAAUUCCAAACGUCCUGCAAUUGGAGAGAAUGGGAAUACUCCAAGUUCAGAAACCAACAAUCCAUCUGGUCCUGAGGAAAUCUAUGAUAUGACGCAAGAUUCUGAUGAAGAAAACAAGAAGGCCGCCACCCGCACGUUGAAAUCAAAGGCCAAUAAGAAGAAUUUAGAGCUCCUCAUCUCUCCUUGCAUUGAUAUGUCUCAAGAAAUUACUCCAGAAAAUUUACCAAAAGCACCAAUCACGGGUGAUACUACCCCUUCCAAUGCUCCACCUGCUGCCCAACCAACAAUAAGACAAUCUGCGCGCAAGAAAACCCAAUCCCAACUUCUCUGCGAUAACCUCGAGGUCUGUCUCGACAGCGCCAACACCUCCACCGCCGGCCCACACACCUUCCGGAUGUCCGGCAGGGGUGGCAUUGGCACGGGGAUCGACGGCCCGAUGAGCCACACCGAAUGGUCCUGCUGGUGCGCCGCCCAUCGCCCCGACCCUGUUGGCCGGCCACGCCUGGUGAUCAUCGAGUUCGAGCUCGAAAACGACGAGCUCAACCCGCCCUCGACGGUCUCCGUCGAGCCGGUAGACGAAGACGAUCGGGGCGGGGUGGCCGGCAAGCCCUACGAACCCACCGAACAGGACCUCAUCGAGUCCACCAUGUCCAUCAACAAACCGCUCCGCGCGCUCGCUAGACUCCGCAGGAAGGGGAAAGACUUCUCCGGCGACUCCGUCGAGGUGCUCUCCAUACUCAGUCAGCUCAAUAAUCAGUUCGAUAAGGCAGACGAUAUGCCCACCUUCCUCAAGAUGGCCAUCGGCUUGGUCAGGGAACUCACCGGGUUCGAUCGCGUUAUGAUCUAUAAGUUCGACGAGUCUUGGAACGGUCAAGUCAUCGCUGAACUCGUGGAUUGGAAACGGACUCGCAAUCUCUAUCGAGGCCUCCGAUUCCCUGCCUCAGACAUACCCGCCCAAGCUAGAGAGUUGUACAACAUCAACAAAGUCAGGAUGCUGUACGAUCGCGAUCAACCUACUGCUAGGCUGAUGUGCAAAUCCCAAGAAGAGCUGUCGAAACCGUUGAAUAUGACCCACUGUCAUCUCAGGGCAAUGAGUCCGAUUCACAUCAAGUAUCUGGCUAACAUGGGCGUCCAAUCCUCAUUUUCGAUAUCCAUCAUCAUGAAUGACGAAUUACGGGGCUUGAUAUCCUGUCACAGCUACGGUAGAUUCGGCCAGCGCGUGACGUUUCCGACGCGGCAGUUCUGCACGAUGCUGGGCGACACCGUCUCGCGGAACAUUCUGCGCUUGAACCUCUCCCAACGCCUGCAGUCGCGCAAGCUCAUCAAUACCACCUUGACCUCCAAAAACCCCUCAGGCUAUUUCGUCUCCAAGGCCGAGGAUCUGCUCUGGCUCUUCGACGCUCAGUCCGGCGUGCUCUCCAUCGGCGAAGAGGCCAAGAUCUGGGGCACCGUGUCUAAUUCUCAGGAGAUCCUGGCCAUUCUCGAGUACCUCAGAGUGCGGAAAUACAACUCAAUCCAAGUGUCGACGGACAUCAAUGUGACCUUCCCGGACAUCGAAUACCCCGGCGGGUUCGAGUCGAUCUCCGGCGUGCUCGUCAUCCCUUUGUCCAGGAGCGACCCGCCCAGUCCCCAUUGGGCUGGGAACCCCCAUGAGAAAAUCAUGAAGGAUGAUAAGAAUGGCAACAUCCUUGAGCCGAGGAAGUCGUUCAAGAUCUGGUCAGAGACCGUCAAAGAACGCUCCAAGGCCUGGACCGCCGACCAGCUCAAAACCGGCUCGGUCCUGAGUCUGGUGUACGGGAAGUUUAUCGACGUGUGGCGACAGAAAGAGGCGGCAGUGCAGAACAACCAGUUGCAAGCCCUGCUGCUCUCGAAUGCGAGUCACGAGGUCAGGACCCCCUUGCAUCAGAUCUUGUCUACCCUUGAACUCGCUCUCGACGGCCAGCUCGAUGAAGAUACUCGCGAUAAUCUCUCGAAAUCUUAUACUGCUUCGAGAGCUUUGGUUCAUGUGAUCAACGAUCUGCUUCGUUUCACCAUGCCCGUCUAA